AUGGCUUCUUUUCUAAAAAGAAAAAAGAAAAACAAGAUCUACCCCUCAUAUGAGGAUGAGGCCCCUGCCCUACUGCCGCCAUUGGCGAAGCCUUCAACAUCAGCCACAGAGGGCAGGAGGAAAAAUCAAGUUGCACCCAAAAACAAGAUCUACCCCUCAUAUGAGGAUGAGGCCUCUGUCCUACUGCCAGCAUUGGCCAAGCCUACACCAUCAGCGGCAGAGGCCAGGGUGGCAGAGGCCAGACCCCUAGUCUUGCCAGGGCUGGUGAAGCCCCAGACCAGCAAGCAAGACCCAAGCCAGCAGCGGCCCUCAAAAAAGAAGAGCCUUGAGGACUCUGGGCCAGCGCUCCCAGGUGAAACGAGGACUUUGAAGAAGAGCUUUAUGAAGGCAGCAACUUUAACAACCAAGGCGCUUGUGCAGUCGAAUGUGGGACAUGUCACCUUCCCCCACAAAGAGGAGCUCACCUUCUGCAUCAUAGAGGUUAUCAGAGAGCAGCCAAUGGCAUCAAUCACCAACCUGCACGAGGCAAUGGAAAACAUCAUUCGCCUGACUGCCUUGAGACCAUACAUGGACCCUCUGACCCGCUCUCAGCUGGUACAAAAAAUCACCCAGAAGGUCUUCCAGUUGCCAUCCUUGCAGGUUAUGAAGAUCAAAGCUGGGAGCUCGGUCAAAGCAACACCGAGCCAGGACUGUUAUCAAGAAACCGUGUACAUCUGGCUCAACAUGCUCACCAGCUUGCUGUCAGAGGCCCCCUCUCUGAAGACGCUGCAGGAGAUAUUAGUGCACAUAAAAGGCUGGAUUGACUCCACAAAAAUCAGUGAGCGGCAAAGAGCAGUCAAGACCACCAACGCACUCCUGAAAUAUGUCUCCGAGCAUCUGGACUUUGAUGUGAGUGACCAAGGCUUAAUGCUGCAAUUUCAAAUCGUAUUGCGUUGGAAAGUUCAGGUGUGAACUAGAUGAAAGCUGUAUGGCAUGGCCAUCCCAGGGGAAGGUGCCAGCCAGUGCUAUUUUUCUAGAAAAAGAGGUGCCAGGACUCACCAUGAACUCACCUCCCUCAUUCUCUUAUAAUGGCAAUAGUGCCCACCUGAGAGGUGCCAGUGUUAGCUAUUUGCAGUAUAGUAGCACUGCAGAGAGCUUGCUGGGGAGACCAUGCGUUAAAAAGGGACUCAAAAAUAACUUAAACAAGG